AAGAAGAAGAAGAAGAAGAAGAAGAAGAAGAAGAAGAAGAAGAAGAAGAAGAAGAAGAAGAAGAAGAAGAAGAAGAAGAAGAAGAAGAAGUGAUCUGCCGACCACCUCCUGUCUAACGGCAACAGACAGCAGUCAACGGCUAAGAUUCUCUUGUACCUGCCACUUUGUGUUUUAAGCCAGCACAACCUAGUCAUCAUGAAGGCUGCAAUCGACGGUCAAGAGUUUCCCAUUGGUGUUGGGAGGAAUGAAAAUGAAGCCAAGCAGAAUGCAGCAAAAAGUGCUCUGAGAAGUUUGAAUGACAAGGAAAAUCGGAGACCAGUGGCAAAAAAUAUGUCAAAAAAUCCUGCUGCUCCACUUCGUCAGAGAAAUAUUGCAACCAAGCUGGAAUGUGAGAAGGCAUGUGUGGGUAAAAUGACAGAGGUGUCUGAUAAGCUCUCCAGGCUACAAAUCAAUCCCGAUUUAUGUGAUGCAGAAUCAGAAAUCAUGGAUAUUACUGAAGAAACAAAUCCAGGAAAUGGUCCCAGUGAGAUGACGUCAACCUGUUCAGAAAAAAUCAGUACCAAGUAUUUCAUCUGGCAAGACUGCCUCGGCAGAGGAGGCUAUGGUCAGGUUUACCAGGUGAAACAUAAAUUGCUGAACCAACCCUUUGCUGUAAAGAUUGUCCCCUUCAAUGAGAAAGCUCUACGAGAGGCGAAGGCGAUUUCAGACCUCAACCACCCUCACAUUGUUAGAUGUUUCUCAGUUUGGGUGGAGGAUUCAGGAUACCCGUGGGACAGCACAUAUGACAGCAGCAGCUCUUCACAAUCUACCAGUGAUUCAUCUGGAAAACUCCUCUACAUUCAGAUGGAGCCAUGUGACCGCAAAACGCUUAGAGAGUGGAUAGAUGACAUGAAUGAGAGAAGAUCCCAGGGAGACUCGGAGAGAAGAGAAAAAAGUCUGACCAUUGCCCAGCAAAUUUUCAGUGCAGUCGAGUAUAUUCACUCUAAGAAGUUAAUCCACAGAGACCUGAAGCCUUCCAACAUCAUGUUUGGGCAGGAUGGAAAGGUGAAGAUUGGUGACUUUGGUCUGGUCACUGAUGAGACUGAUGACAGUGGAGAACUGAUGAAGAGAACUGUGAACAAAGGAACCCCAAAUUACAUGGCUCCUGAGCAGGAGGCUAACAAGCCUUAUGACAGAAAGGUUGAUAUAUUUCCUUUGGGGCUGAUCUACUUUGAGCUUCUUUGGAAAAUCUCCACAUAUCAUGAGAGAAACGGGAUUUGGAAGCACAUCAGAGAAAGGAAACUUCCGAAAGAGUUUGCACACAGAUUCACUGAAGAGCACCUCAUCAUAAUGCCACUACUGAGCGUGGAGCCACAAGACCGACCUGAAGCAAGUAAGGUCAAGAUGGACCUGGAAGAGUUCAGUCGCAAACUCAUCAGUCAAAAAACUGAGCGGCGUGAUAGCAGGACUAUGUGAACAAUAGAAGCACACCAAAAAUGGCCAGGGUAUCCAUUUUAUAUCAUAUCCUAUGCAUGCACUUUGAAGGUGGUCUGCUAUGUUUCUCAGAAGAAUAUCUACAGGUUAAUUAAUAUUUUUGACUUUCUAAAUCAUGCAUUUGUGAUAUUUUAGACAGUUUUUAAACCAUGUCAACCUGUGAUAAAGUACUUGAAGCAAGACUCAUUCCACACAUUUUUCAUUGUGCAAUUAUUGAGCUGUUGGGAUCACACAGUUUUAUAAAUGGUUUUAUACCUUUUAUACGUUGCUUUAUCUACCAGCCACCAUGAUUUUAUGCCAGUGGUCUAUGGUAGGUUCCUUGUAUUGUGCCCUGACUUGCCGUGUAAAUUGUGGAACCCUAUGUUCAUAAACUGGGUUAUGUGCCUCACUAAACUAUGCCUUGUCAAAUAAUUUUGACAUUGUCAUUUAAUGUAGCUUUAUUGAGAGGAAAAAAAUACAAUUUUGAUGCAGUUUAAAUGAAAUCUACGACACAAAGUGCAAAAACAUGAAAGGGUUCAAAUACUCACUGAUGCACUGAGCUUUUUCAGGGGUGUGGUGGGGGUGAAUGAAUCGGUUUUAUAUGAAAACAUAAUGUGAGUUAUGCUGACCAUAAUUUUUGUCAGACCUUCACUGGGAAAUGUGUUGUCAGACUUAUUGUCCAUUAUAUAUUUGUACAACCACUGCCAUUUUGCUUUUGAUGAAAUACUCCAAUAAAAGCAUAAAAUCAUA